GAUCGUCAUUCUGCCACUUCUUAACUUUCUUACUUUCUAUUUUUCUGCGAUUUUGGUGAUUGCGUUGUUGGAAGAAAACACCUAAAAAUUUUCACCGAAAAAACCAUAGAAAAAAGCAAUUUAAAUAGAUUAAUCAUUGAGAGAAAACAUUAAUUUGUCUAAGAAACUUAAAUAAAGUAAAAAGAAGAAGCACUACGACAGACAUUCAUAGUAGAAAAAUCGAAACAAGAGCAAUAUACCUAUCAGAAAUAAAAAAAUAAUGGCCGAUGUAGAAAAUGUCUCAGGAGUGCCUGUUGCAGCAACAACAACAGCAGCGAGCACAGUCACGGUUACACCAACUGAUAUACCUACAACACAGGAAACAUUUGGAAAGUCAAUUAGUGCAGGAGGAGGUGGUACGGGAAGUGAGGUUACCGCUGAAGGAAACCAGACUCUGAAUGAAUUGGGGACAUCUCCCACACAAGAGAAAUCUAGCAAUUCACAUCCUCAUGAUUCAGAGUACGAUACGGCCAGUGAUUUGGAGGGUAAUGAGGAGUACGAUGAUGAUGACGAUGAUAUGGAUGAUAGUUUAACGGAAGAUGAUGAUGACGAAGAAGAUAGUGAAGAUGAGACGGAAACGGACGAUGAUGAAGAGGAGGAUGACGAAGGCGUUGAUAUAGAUUUGCAGGGUCAAGAAAAAAUUGAUGCUGAGGCUCAAAAGAAAGUUGAUGAAGAUCGCAGUAAUCCCCAGUAUAUUCCCAAAAGAGGUACGUUUUAUGAACACGAUGACCGUACGGCUGAAGUUGAGGGCGAGGGAGUUGCUGGGGAAGGUCAAGAAGUUGGUGAAAGUCCAGUAAUUAUUACUGGUGGGACUGGCAGUGUAUCUGGGUCGAAAACAUCGACCACACCUACAAUAUCAACGGCUUCUAAAACCAUGAAAAAAUGGCAACCAGCUUCGGCUGUAGAUCGUUGGUCACACGAUCGUUUUGAUCCUUCGGAGCAGGCUCCUAAGUCUAGAACUGAACUGGUAAAUGCCUAUGGCUACGAUAUUCGCACAGAAGAUGCUCCACCUAAGGCUCGCAGAAGACGUCGUUACGGUCGUGGACCCAGUAAAUACAAUCGUAAUUGGGAAGACGAAAGUGCCUACUUGAAGACAAAUAAUAAAGAGCGUAAACCACCAAAACCGUCAGAUUUCCCAGCAUUAAAUGAAAAUUCUAAACCAAGGCGCCCUAGGCGUACCAGAGAGGAAAAGGAAAAUCGUAUGGAAAGGAGAAAACGCGAAGGAAAAACCGGCGAGGGAAGAGCGGAAAGGUCUGAGAAAAUGGGACCAUCAUCACGUAGCCAUCAUAACGAUGACCACGAUCAUAGGGGAGAACCUGACCGAAGAGAAAGAGCUGACAGGAAUAACGAUGCCGGUUUUAAGCAACAAAACCGUCAAAAGUCAUAUAAUAAUCGCGGACAAGGACAGAAUCAGGCUUCUGUAGGACGUCAAGCUGCCAUGGAAUUUAAACAGAAAAAUAGACAAAACUAUCAAAAUUCUUCCACCGGAUCCUCCAACAUGAAUUCCAGCAAUUUAUCCAGUCGCUUGGAGGCCCAAAGGCAACCCCAGCAGAAUCAGCAACAGACUCAAAAUUUGGUCAGAAAGUCUGCCAAUGGAAGUGCUGGUACCAAGGAUCACAAUCAAUCUAUGGGACACCAAAACGUUCAGCAGUCUCAGCAAUACGAUGGGUAUAAUAACAAUAAAAAGAAACAUUUGGAACAAGGUUACCAACCUAUGCAAGCAGCACAACAUUCAAAUAUUGCUUCACAACAAAUUCAUCAUCAACAACAACAGUCCCAACAGUCGCCCAUGCCUAAUCAUGGCAUGAACAGACAAAAUCCUCAAAUACAAAACAAGACACCACAACAACCAACAUCAAAUUUAUCACAACGUUUGCAGCAGGUUCAAAAUCGCAAUGAUCCCAGUCAUGUAGGCAGUGUACAAAUGCAUGCUAUGGCUACCCAAAAUCAGCAGCAACAUCAAUUAAUGCAGCAGCAGGCGGCAAAUAUAAUAAUGGCUGGAACACAACCAAAUCAGCAACAACCACAAAACCAGAAUAUUAGUCAACAACCAAUGGAGCAAAGGGGACCACCUAAGAGAUAUUCCAGUCUGAGACGUUCUCAGCAUGAUGCUCAGCAUAUAGCCGAUCACCAACAGCAGCAACUGCAGCAACAAAUGCAUAUGCAACAACAGCAGCAGCAAAAUUCAUCUAUGAUGAUACCAGCUGAUCAAGCCAUGUUACAAGCGAAUCUCAUGCAAAUGUAUCACCAAGAAAACCUACAGGCUCAAAUGCAAGCCUUACAAGUUACUCAACAACCUGCAGUAGCUAAACAACCAAACUAUGCAGCUCAAGGACCUCAAGCUCAGCCCCAACAGCCGUACCCAGGCGCAACAGCUUCGCCGGCUGCUUACUAUGUAGCAACUCCUGAUGCUUACACGGCCGCAGCCACUGCAGCUGUUACAGCGCAAGCCACACAAGCAGCUGCUACAUACGCCGCCCAACAAGCAAAUCCCAAUUAUUUGGCUCAACAACAAACUGCUGCUGCAGCAGCUGCAGCAGCGGCGGCCAGUUUAGUUUAUAAUAAUCCUAACAAUGCUCCACAACAGUCAGUAGCUGCUGCUACAGCUUAUGGCCCAUCGGCCCCAGUGGGAGUGGUAACACAGCCCCAAGCUGGUGCUGCUACGACACCUGGCUACCAAAACUACAAUACCGUAGGAGGAACUACUUACUUUGUACCACCCCCUACACAAACAUCCUCACGUCCUGUCUCUCUACCCCAAAGAAGACCUACCAAUGCUAUUCCUAUACUGCCACCUUCCGAAAAGAACAAGCAACAAAAAUCACAAGACUCCAAAACCGAUAAUGAUUCCAAAUCGUCAACGAAUCAACAGUCGAGCUCAAAUCAACCUCCCAUUGGUUCAGCUGAAAAUAUCGAUCAUAUUAUAGACAACAUGUUUGUUCAGAGGCCAGCUUUCCAGCCACCACCGGCAACAACGACGACAACAACAACUACAAACAAUACAACAUCAAAAACUCCCGCAUCAACUGCAGAUGCCACAGCAGCUGAAAAUUCGACUACCGCCAACAUUACGUCGCAGGAUAACAAUGCGCUAGUAACAACAGAAAAUAUUAAUAAAUCUUCUAAUGAUACAUCAAAUGCUCCCACUGCUGCAUCAUCAUCAUCGUCCACAACUAAUACUACAACAACUACUACCACCACCACUGAAAGCAGCAAUAAUAAUCAAAUAUCAGCACAAGAAUGAGAACAAAAGAAACGUUAUUAUUAUAAUACACAAUAUCAGCAUCAACAACAACAUCAUCCACAUUCUCAUCAUAACUUUCUAACCCAACAGCAACAACUACAACAUAAUAAUCAUCAUAAUAACAACAAUAAUAAUAAUAUAAAUUUAUUAAUUAACAAACGUAAAUUUUACUGAAAAAACUCAAAAAAACCAAAAAUGUUUUUGCAAAAACAUUAAAAAAAUUUAACAAAAUCAUUAAACUACUAAUAAUAAUCCAUCUCUCUCAACACAAACUAGAUUUAUUUUCAAGGAGUUUCAAAACUGAAAUGAUAUUUUAUAAUAAAUCUGAAGAAAAAAAAUUUAUAUCAAUUUGUCCAAAUAAUGUUAAAAAUUAUGAAAACUUUUGUUUUUAAAUUUUGUAUUUUAAAAAUGACCUUUGGUCAUGCACUAGAUAAGUAUAAAUGUAUUUGUGUAUAAUUUAAUAUCUACUAAAUUCACUUAAUCACUCAUUUAAAAAAUGACAUGCAAUCAUUGCUGUUCUAAUUCAGAUUAGAAUAUUUUAAUUACUCAUCUUGCUACUAAGUUCUAUGAGGAAGUUAGUUGUAUAUGUUUUAAUUUAUUUUAUUUUUUUAAAUUGAACAAAUCUAUAAGAUUAAAUAUUUGGAGAUUUUUGUUUUAACUUUAAAAACAUCCAAUAUUCAUUUGAUUUUUUUUUAAAUAAAGACUUCUAUACUUUAUUUCGUAUCUAUUUUUUAAAUAUCAUUUCAUAAAAAGAUUUUUUGAAAAUAAUUCCUGUGUCUAAAACAAAAGUCUGCUGCUUUUCAAUUGUAAAUUUGUAUCCUUUUUUGAAAAAAAAAAAAAAAAUUAUGUGAACUUUCCUUUUUUAGUUAAACAUUUUUGUUAUUUUUUUAUUUUUUAUAUUUAAUUGAACUAACAAGUCUUUUUAUUAUUAUUUUAUAUAUA